AUGGCCUCAUUACUGCACCGCUGGACGCGGGUGCGCUCCCUCAUCCUCAGCCUCGUCAGUGUCGUCUGCCUCAUCUAUAUCCUCGACACCGUCUGGCUCCACCCGCGUACCGAGUCUGCCAUACUCGAAAAGUACAUGAACCUUGACAACGUCCCGCCGCCCCCCGUGACGCCAAAGCCCGCCUUUGACUGGUCCUCCGUCCCCGUCAAGUACCCGGCCCCGACGCCGCUGACGCCCGUCCCCGUCGGCCGUCCCGGCAACUCCCUGCCCCGGGUCCAGCACCGCUUCCCGACCGAGUCCAUCUCCGCCUCCCGGGCCCGCGAGGCCCGCCGCCGCGAAGUCCGCCAGCUCUUCCUCAAGAACUGGGCGAGCUACAAGGAGUUCGCCUGGAUGAAGGACGCCCUCAACCCCAUCUCCGCCACCCCCAAGGACCAGUUCUCCGGCUGGGCCGCCACCCUCGUCGACUCCCUCGACGUCCUCUGGAUCAUGGGCCUCAAGGCCGAGUUCGACGAGGCCGUCGCCGCCGUCGCCACCAUCGACUUCAGUCAGUCGUCCUCGAACCGCGUCAACACUUUUGAGACCAACAUCCGCUACCUCGGCGGCCUCAUGGCCGCCUACGACCUCAGCAGGCGGCCCGUCCUGCUCGCCAAGGCCGUCGAGCUCGGCAACUUGCUCUACGGCGCCUUCGACACCGAGCACCGCAUGCCCGUCGACUUUAUUAACUUCGCCGACGCAAAGGCCGGCAAGGGCCUCAUCGUCGAGGGCUCCGUCGUCUCCGCCUCCCCCGGCACCCUGUCCCUCGAGAUGACGCGCCUGUCCCAGCUCACCGGCGACCCCAAGUACUACGACGCCGUGGCCAGGGUCAUGGACCUCUUCCACGACGGCCAGCAGAAGACCAGGCUGCCCGGCAUCUGGCCCAUGUACGUUUCCAUGAGCAGCCGUGACGUCACCUCGGGCUCGACUUUCACCAUCGGCGGCGGCGCCGACUCGCUCUACGAGUACCUCCCCAAGAUGAUUGCCCUUCUCGGCACCCGCGAGCCAAAGUACCAGGCCAUGACGGAGAACUUCCUCAAGGCCGCCAACGAGUCACUCUUCUUCCGCCCCAUGCUGCCCGGAGAGGAGAACAUCCUCAUCUCCGGCAACGUCAAAAUCGACUCCAACGGACACCCCGUCCUCGACCCCGAAAGCGAGCACCUGACCUGCUACAUCGGCGGCCUCUAUGCCCUCGCCGGCCGCCUCCUCGGUAGAGAGGAGUGGGUAACGGUCGGCGGCCGCCUGGCGCUGGGCUGCUUCUACGCCUACCAGGCCAUGCCGACCGGCAUGAUGCCGGAGCGCUACAACAUGAUCCCCUGCGACCGGAGGGACGAAUGCAAGUGGGACGAGGCCAAGUGGGACGCCGGCAAGAAGCUGCGCCGCGAGUACAAGGCGCACCUGCCCAAGGGCUUCACGACGGCAAAGGACCCGCGCUACAUCCUCCGCCCGGAGGCUAUCGAGAGCAUCUUCAUACUGUACCGCAUCACGGGCGACCACGGCUUCCAGGAUGCGGCGUGGGAGAUGUGGAAGGCCGUCAGCAACGGGACGCUCGUCGACCGAGGCAACGCCGCCGUCUUGGACGUCACCCAGAAGAAGGACCCCUUGCCCAAGAAGGACUACAUGGAGAGUUUCUGGCUGGCGGAAACACUGAAGUACUUCUACCUUGUGUUCUCGCCGCCUGACCUGAUCAAUCUCGACGACUACGUCCUCAACACGGAGGCACAUCCCUUCCGGAGGCACCGCUGA